AUGGGGGUGGCCUUCGCUUGCGGAGGCCACACUUUUUACAGGGAGGCCCAGAGGCUCCAGAAGUGGCGCAAGAAGCUGAGGGCACCUCAGGCGGCGGGCCUGCGCUCCUCGACGUCGAACCGCGAGCACAGCUUCAUCCAUCAGGCCGACUUCACCCCGAGGAUGGCGGAGAUUGCCAGCGGCGUGGAUCCAAAGGCUGCUUUCUGCUGGAGGGCGUUGACUUCAACAUCAUCGAGCGGUUGGUGUUCGGCGACACGGUAUUCGCCACUCGGGGCACCAGGCUGA